GUUAAUCACAACAGCUUUCUAAACGAAACCUAGUCUAAUACUAAAAGUCUUAGCUGUUAUAAUUAUAGGGUAAAUCAAUUCUUCAAAACAGCCAAUUAGAUUGCCUCCAUUUGACAUGUUAAAACGCAAUGUAAACGAUAGAUUCUGUAAUAUUCAUUGUAAACCAAUAUAGCAUUUAUCCAAGACGCUUCCCUCUCACAAAAUUCUUACUACUCAAAAUGUCGGAAAACCUGACUGAAACAGAAAUUGCAGCAUACAAAGAAGCGUUCAGCGUUUUUGAUAAGAAUGACGACGGUACUGUGACCGUGAGCGAACUGGAUACCGUGAUGAGGACUGUUGGCGUCAAUCCUUCUGAAGAACAGCUGCAAGAAAUGAUUAAUGAUGCUGAUCUGGAUGGCAACGGUUGUGUAGACUUCACUGAAUUUCUUCACAUGAUGUCCAAAACCAAAAGUGACAUGGAAGACAACACGGAGAAAGAGAUCUACGAAGCGUUUUGCGUGUUUGAUAAAGAUGACAGCGGUUUCAUCACUGAUGAGGAACUGCGCAUGGUCCUAGAAAGCUUGGGAAAAGAA